UUUCAAGGGGAUUCCGCUGCACUGUACACACGGUGGAAUUUCCACAGCAGAUGUUUCCACCUCAGAAAUCCUGAUUCCGGGGUAGGCAGAAAGAAUAGACCUGUGUUGCCGUCUAUGAGACGCCGCAUUUCCGAGCGGUCCCAGCGCCCUUCGGAUCAUUUAAAUGUGGGGAAUGUCUGCACGUUUUCCUACCGUAUGUACAUACCCCUAACGCAGUGAUCUGGAAAUGUUAUGAAGCUUUGAUAAAACUGCGCCAAUUCAUUAUACAGUGCGAGACGAUGUGAUCCAUGUGACAAUUUCCUGGAGUUCUUAUAAUAAAUUGUGAGUAGUACACUUAUGGCGUGUACAGGAUCUGAGAUCAGAAUGAAUGAGAGGGGCUUAGAGGGAACAGCUGGGAGCUGAUUGUUUUGUGGAUUAGGAACCUCCAUUUCUGUGCAGCAGAUGUCGGUGAUUUCGCGGCGAUGAUUCGAGUUGGUCCCUGGGUAUUGCUAUUAGACGGGAGCAGAGGAGUAUUAGCCGCAGUUCCCUCUUCGCUCUGCUUGUUGCAUCUUCAAUCUGCAAUCCGUAAAAAAAACUAUUGUAUGCGCUACGCUCCGGCCGCACCAUGCACCUCUCCUCCGAAGCCGUUUCAUCCGCGAGAUUCCUGCAGAAGGCGACCUCCAUGGAGAUCACAGAGGUUGUCCCGUGGCGCCGGGCAAUACUGGCCAUCGGCUUCAAUCUGCUUUCCCUCACCCUCUCCACUGUAGCCCUUCUGAGCAGUUACUGGUGUGAAGGCACACAGAAAGUCCCCAAACCUCUUUGUGGCAAUGGGAAGGCCACUAAAUGUAUAGUGGUUCCCAUGCCCGUGGAGAGCAUCAACGCCUCUGGCCAGGACGUGGUGCAUUACAGCUGGGAGACAGGAGAUGACCGAUUCGCCUUCCGCUAUUUCCAUACUGGAAUCUGGUAUUCUUGUGAAGAGAACAUUUUGGGGACAGAUGAGAAAUGCCGAAGUUUCUUGGAGCUAACCCCCCCAGCUGAAAGAGGGAUCUUAUGGCUUUCCUUAGGAUCAGAACUGGUGUACAUCACACUAUUAAUUAUAAGCUUUGGGCUCCUGCUACUAGAAAUUAUUUACACUGGAAACCCCGUCUGUGGACUGAAGCUGAAUGCGUUUGCUGCCAUGUCCUCCGUGCUUUCAGGCCUUCUAGGGAUGGUAGCGCAUAUGAUGUACACUCAAGUUUUUCAAGCCACUGUGAGUCUUGGACCCGAGGACUGGAGACCACAUUCAUGGGAUUACGGCUGGGCAUUUUACACUGCGUGGGCGUCCUUCACUUGCUGCAUGGCUUCUGCUGUCACGACCCUCAACACUUACACCAAAACUGUCCUGGAAUUCCGAAGAAAUCAGAGAGCGUUUCAGCAAACCUUGAAGGAGCAAACCUGCUUUCUGAAUCACAAAGGAAUGAACUGCUAUAGAGACAAGCCUAUCCAUUCUGUGUCCGAAAGUGUGGACUUCUACACGGAGCUUCAAAAGAAAGUCCUUCUACGGGACCAUUCAAUGGAUCUCCAAGAUGUAGAGGAGUCCAUGGAUGAAGAACAUUGCUAGUCCAUGGGAUCAUUCAAGAUGGCUGAAGUGUCAGUAGGGAUGGAGGACUGGUCCAAACACCAGCCGAGCAUGUUUUCCUAUCUAGCUCUGGAAUGUCUGUAGAGGAAAAUCUUGAUGAAAACUGAUGCGUUGUUUUUCUUAUAAUUAGUGAUUAGUUUUUGCACAAAAACUGAUCCUGAUGGGACUGAUGAGUACACAGAGCCAGGCUCCUCAAACAGGUUUAUUCUCCACCCUUGCCCUGCACAUGCUGAAGACAUGCUAACCUUGACUACUUAAUCUCCAAUAAACAAAUCAGGGCCUUAUCUGUAAUCCGGGGAUUAGGCGUUCCCUUCUAAAAAACUGCAGGGAAAUUAGUUAUGAAAAAAGGGAUUCAAACCGCUCAAUGAAAGACACAAAUUAAAGAGGAAGAUCUGGGAUGGCUCCCAUAAUCCUUUGCCAUCGUUCCUUCCUGCUUUAUCGGUAUGAUUACCAUCAGGUUUGCCGAACUGGAUACAUCAUAUGUUAACAUACACUUAAGACACAUUUCUAGAUUUUAACAUCUUUGUGUUUUUUGUUUUUUUUCCCAUUUGCUUCUUGAUGUUUUUCUUGUGCCUGUCUAGAUCAGGGAGUGGCAGACGAUUUAAAAUACACAAAACUUGUUGGAGUUCUACAGGUGUCAGACAUAGGGUACAAUGUACA